AUGGCCUCCCAAGGAGUUGGUAAUGAAGAACCUGGGAUAGCCUCAACAGGUAGUCCCCCAGCAAGACAGGCAGAACCAGAGGUGAUAAAUAACUCUGUCUACCAGCCCAUUGAUGGAUUGCAAAAUCACCUGAAGGAGAAACUGCAAGCCUUAGGGGCCGUCCAGAUCCUGAGUGGAGCAAUUAUUCUGGUUCUAGGUGUUUUUCUAGGUUCCUUAAGAAACAUAUUCCAUUUCUUCAGUCUGUUUUUCUUUAUCUUCUACACAGCCUAUCCACUGUGGGGCCCUAUAUUUUUCAUUGUUUCAGGAUCCUUAUCUGUUGCAACUGGGAGAAAACCCACAAGAGCGCUGGUGCAAAACACUUUUGGAAUGAAUAUUGCCAGCGCUACUGUGGCUCUAGUUGGGUUUGUUUUUCUCUCAGUAAAUUUAGCAGUUAAUAAGCAGUCUUUCAAGAACUGUGAGUCUUCACAGUCACAGGACUUGUGCAUUUACGUGGGCAUCUUUUCAAACGGCCUGAUGUCCGUAAUGCUGAUCCUUACCUUGCUGGAAUUGUGCAUAAGCAUCUCUGUCUCAGCCAUGUGGUGCGUAAAAAGCUCACGUAAUUCGACUGAGGUGAUUUCUACUCCUUCCAAUUCUGUAUAA